AUGUCAUUCAGCUUCAAUCCCCCAUCAUCGGGUGGAGGAUCUUCUGGUGGCCUUUUUGGCUCUGCCAGUUCCAGUCCCUUUGGCUCCAAUCCGAACAGCUCCAACACCAAUUCAAGCGGCGGUCUCUUCGGAAAUGUAGGCGCAUCAUCAACACCCGCCAGCUCAGGCGCAUCUCUGUUCGGAAACAAGUCUUCGACCCCUCAAGCUUCGUCUGGUCCCUCUCUUUUUGGUUCCGGCACUAGCGGUGCAUCUGGCAGCAGCACCCCCAGUUUCAGCUUCGGUACGCAGAACAACGCCGGUUCAGGUACUCAGUCGUCAGGGCUGUUUGGAAGUGGAUCUACAACUCCCAAGGCGACUGAAGCUCCUGCGUCUGGUCAAUCGAGCGGCGGUGGAUUGUUUGGCAACGCGCCGAAGCCUGCAGGCGGCUUGUUUGGAAAUACGGCUACUCCUGCUCCAGCUGGUGCAGGUCUUUUCGGCAACACAUCUACCACUCCUGCUGGUCCUCCUCCGCAGGGCGGUGCCGGUCAAGGGCAGUCUCUUUUUGGCCAGCCGGCGCAGAAGCCAGCCGGUGGUCUCUUUGGAAAUGCGACCUCCAACACCACCUCGUCAACGACUCCAACCGCUGCCACGACGGCAACUGCCCCUUCUACUACGCCAGCGCCAUUUGGAGGAGGAUUGCAGCAGCAGUCGGGCGGCAGCCUCUUUGGAAACACACAACAGAAGCCAUUGUUUGGAUCGACGCCAUCGGCACCUACGGGAGGUGGUCUUUUUGGGAAUAAACCGGCAGAGUCGACGACUCCGGCCACGACUAGUGCGGACAGCGGUUCCAAGCCUUCUCUCUUUGGGGGGCCGACAGCCACUCCAGCAGCGGCCGGACAAAGUGCGCAGACAUCAUCACUCUUCAAACCACCUACUGCCACCACAACCACUAGUGAAACAUCCACUACGCCCACCACAUCCACCACUCCGGCCAAGCCAAUGUUUGGUUUAGGAAGCACCACCUCUUCUACUACUCCGUCUGCUACUCCUGCAGCUGCACCUCCUGCGGGUGGCUUGUUCUCUGGCCUUGGUGCAGCUAAGUCGACCGCGACUAGUGCCCCUGGUACUGCCGCUCUUUCGGUCCCUAGCACCCAACCGGCGCCCACUGGUGGACUGUUUGGAAACAAGCCUGCGGAAACCACGCCAUCAACACAGCCAGCCAGCACUUCUGCCGGCGCAGGAACCACUACGACCGCCCCAGCGACUGCAGCGCCGACCACUGCAACAACGGGAUCCUCCACUACUGGCACAACCGCAGGGACGACCGCCCCACCAGCAGGCGCUGGCUUGGGCGCUUCGACAGUCGGACCCGCACCUCCUGCCCAGUCUCGCUUGAAGAACAAGACGAUGGACGAGAUCAUCACCCGCUGGGCUACAGACCUGACCAAGUACCAGAAGGACUUCCGGGAGCAGGCCGAAAAGGUGGCCGAAUGGGACCGUAUGUUGGUGGAGAAUGGAACCAAGGUGCAGAAACUGUACGGCAGCACUGUCGAUGCAGAGCGUGCCACGCAGGAAGUAGAGCGCCAGCUUGGAUCUGUCGAGGGACAACAGGAGGAACUUAGCUCGUGGCUCGACCGGUACGAGCGCGAGGUCGAUGAGAUGAUGUCAAAGCAGGUUGGACCUGGCGAAACUCUUCAGGGACCUGACCAGGAGCGUGAGAGGACGUACAAGUUGGCCGAGAAGUUGUCGGAGCGUUUGGACGAGAUGGGCAAGGAUCUGUCAAGCAUGAUUGAAGAAGUCAACGGCGCGUCGGCGACGUUGAGCAAGACCAGCAAGGCAGAUGAACCGAUUUCCCAAAUCGUGCGCAUCCUCAACUCGCACCUCUCGCAGCUCCAGCUCAUCGACCAGGGCACGACAGAGCUCCAGGACAAGGUCAGCGCGGCGCAAAAGGCAGGCCAGACGAUGUCAUCUCGCUUCGGAUAUGGAUUCAGUAGCUCUAUCGGUAGCGCGAGUGCGGCGGAUGAUUUCUACCGGUCGUACAUGGGACGUCGGUGA